AUGGCCGAUUCUUGUGCUUACACCUGUAUCCUCGGGAUUUUCCUCGUCGCCGUGUGUUUCUUGAAUCAACCAGUUGAAGGAAUCAAAUGCUGGCAGUGCUCUACAGACGUAGAUCCUCGAUGUGGCGAGCCCUUCAACCACACACAAUUCACCCUCACAGAUUGUGACAGGGAGAGAACCCACUCUGCUUACCUUCAAGACCAUGCUGUCUGCAGGAAGUCCAUUCACAGAAUAAACGACGAGAGAGUGAUCAUCCGGUCCUGCAGUUGGGAGCCGGACAACAAGAAUGUGGAAGGCCCCUGCUCCCCAUCCUCGUCACCAUCCUACAUCAAAGUCGAAUUUUGCGAAACGUGCAACACGGACGCCUGCAACAAAGCUCCCACCCUCCGAGAGUCCAUCAUCGCAAUCGUCUUACCCGUUGUAAUGGUUACACUCCUAACCAAAUUCGGAAGCAAUACCGUCUAG